AUGGAGCUCGCAAAGGAUAUUUACAACCUUUUGGACCACGUUGAAAAUGCAAAGGUGCCAGGCCGCAGCCCAAUCCACAGUAGCGGUGAAAGAAACCACUUAAGUGAGGAUGAUGAGCUUUUCGACUUUUGCUUCGACUAUCCCCUCUACCAAACAUCCUCGACAAAGGAUUCUCCCGCCGUACGGAGUCUAGCACCACGCAUCAUGGCCGGCACGACCGCACUAUCCGAUAACGAGACAGGGAGUACGACGGAGACAUCUUCUAUCCUUACCCCCGAACCUGAUGUCUCCACCCCCGGGUCUGCCUUUACGGAGCUUGUCUCAUCUGUCGAGGGCUAUGACACCCCCUCAAAUGUUCUCCAAGGCCUUCCCAAUGACCCGUACCUCUUCCCCCGUCUCGAUAAGGAGCACGAACUUCCCCGGUUCCCUCGUCUUCUCGUCCCAGGUUCCAAGAAGAGGACCAGGUCCAACAGUCCCAGUGUUCAGAAGCGUGUGGUCAAGGACAUUGGCAAGACCAACCAGGUACGAUCCGCCGGGGCAUGUAUGCGAUGCCGGAUCCAAAAGGUCCCGUGUAGUGCGACUGGUGUCUGCGAGAAAUGUAUCAAGGCACAUCCCAAGGAACCCCAAAGCUCUUGCUUUAGGGAAGACUUGGUCGCAAUCGUGAACAACUCAACUCACCAGCGAUUCACUGAGCUCAACAGGAUUGAUGAGAUCGAGGUCAGAGAGUUACUCAGAACCUCCCGGCCACAAUACCUAGAACCCAUCUAUAAGGGAUCUGUGGUAUUUGCUCGUGGUCUGCCUCAGGUCAUGCUUCCAACUACACUACGCAACUACCGCUGUAUGAUAGAUGGCAUGUCUCAGAGGCCCCACCAAGGUUGUGUUCUCUCCAGGGAGCAUGGCGGUGUUCCGUCGUACCAGGACCUCGUAAAAUGGGCAGAACAGAUGGUUAUACCCGAGGAUUAUAAUACUUUCGAAGGGAGCAUCGAAGUGUUCAUCAAGAUGUAUUCCGCACCUCAACGGUUGCGUCAAUAUCCCAGACGGCCACAGAUGGAUCUUCUCGACAAGGUUCACACGAUGAAAUGCAUGUACAAGAUCUGUUGUCAAGACGACUUCAUUUUCAUUCGCGAAGAUACUGGAGCGGUGAAACGCCUCCCCUUGCCUGCCAAGGCAGAAUUGAGAGGCAUCGCCCGCAUGGCUCUCGAGACAGCCGAGAGAGAUAUCCUCAUGGUACUCGACAAGCUCAAAGCCGCUUCGGCAAAAGUUCCCGAACAAGACUUGCCUGCUCUCUGGGCCACUUUGUGGCAGCUGAUGUUCAUCUACCGAGAUCUCCUCAGGAACAGGACACCGCGGGACAACGACGCAGGAGCUCUCCUCAACGCGGUGGCCGUCUUUUACGCAGCCCACUUUAGGACGUCGGCCUCUCUUGGCAAGUUGUCCUUGGACAGUCUGCAACGUCAUUGGGGACCUGGCGAGACUCAGCAGGCGCAGCUGUCUGGUGCGUUUGAUCAUGCUCUGAGUCUUCGCGAUACUCUCCACCGAACAAUCGCAGCAGGAAUUGACGAGAUUGAUCAUCGCCUCAAGGCCUUGGUUGUCGAUCCCGAGAUGAAAGUGCUGGGACGACGUACGAAUAAGAAAACGAGCGGCGGCAAGUGA